AUGCGCGACCUCACCCUGGCCUCAGUCCUGACGGCCUCAGCCUUGUUCGCCCGACGAACUGGAGCUGUUGCCGUCAACCCUCUUCCCAAGCCUGCCAGCAUUACCUGGGGCGACUCGGGAUGCUUUGCCGUCGGAUCAAUCACUCUGGAUGGCCCCGACAACAAGGUGCUUUCUGAUGCCUUCAGCCGAAUGACAAAGACCGUCACCGACCUCGAGUGGAUCCCUGCGGGUAUCGAGGCCCCAGUCAGGGAGUUUGAACCUUUCCCCAAGAGUGGGUCCAAGAAGAAGAAGAGGAGGAAUACUCCUACUACUGUCUCUGCUGGAAACUGCACGGGCACUAUCAGCUCAGUCAAGGUCGACAUUGCCGACACCAAGGCUCAGCUCCAACAUGGCGUCGACGAGUCGUACAAGCUUGAGCUUGCUGCUGGAUCAAGCAGCGUUCACAUCACUGCUGGAACUGUCUACGGUGCUCUCCACGCCCUGACUACCAUGCAGCAAAUCGUCAUCAACGACGGCUCAGGCAAGUUGAUUAUCGAGCAGCCCGUCUCCAUUGACGACAAGCCCCUCUACCCUGUCCGCGGUAUCAUGAUUGACUCUGGCCGCAACUACAUCUCCAAGGCCAAGAUCCUCGAGCAGAUUGACGGAAUGGCGCUUUCCAAGCUCAACGUCCUUCACUGGCACAUGGUCGACACGCAGUCAUGGCCCAUUGAGAUCAAGUCGUACCCAGACAUGACCAAGGACGCCUACUCAGCCAACGAGGUCUACUCUCAAUCCGUUCUCAAGGAAAUCGUCGAGUACGCCGGUGCCCGCGGCGUGCGCGUCAUCCCGGAAAUCGACAUGCCGGGCCACGCCAGCUCGGGCUGGGAGGAAAUCGACAAGGAAAUCCUCACUUGCGAGGACAGCUGGUGGUCCAACGACGACUGGCCGCUCCACACGGCCGUGCAGCCCAACCCGGGUCAGCUCGACAUCCUCAACAACAAGACGUACGAAGUCACCGGCAAGGUGUACAAGGAACUCGCCACCAUCUUCCCGGACAACUGGUUCCACAUUGGCGGCGACGAGCUCUUCAUGAACUGCAACAACUUCUCCUCUCUGGCCCGCGACUUCUUCGCCACGGGCAAGACAAUGGGCGACCUCUACCAAGUCUGGGUCGACCGCGCCUUGCCCAACUUCCGCUCUCAAGUCAACAAGACCUUCGUCAUGUGGGAAGAUGUCAAGAUCUCUGCCACGGUCGCCGCCACAGGCAACGUCCCCAAGGACAUCAUCCUCCAAGCCUGGAACAACGGCCUCGACCACAUCUCCAACCUCACCUCCCAAGGCUACCGCGUCAUCGUCUCCAGCUCCGACUUCAUGUACCUCGACUGCGGCUACGGCGGCUACGUCAGCAACGAUCCCCGCUACAACGUCAUGGUCAACCCCAACGCCGCCGACGGCGUCGCAAACUUCAACUGGGGCGGCAACGGCGGCUCCUGGUGCGCCCCCUACAAAACCUGGCAACGCAUCUACGACUACGACUUCACCCAGGGCCUCUCGGCCGACCAAAAGAAACUCGUCCAAGGCGCCAUUGCCCCCCUUUUCGGCGAACAAGUCGACUCCGUAGUCAUUUCUCAGAAAAUCUGGCCCCGUGCUGCCGCCCUUGCUGAACUCGUUUGGUCCGGUAAUAGGGACAAAGACGGCAAGAAGAGGACUACCGAGUUGACCCAGCGUAUCUUGAACUUUAGGGAGUACCUCGUUGCCAAUGGCGUCCAGGCGACGAUUCUUAUGCCCAAGUAUUGUCUCCAGAAUCCGCAUACCUGUGAUUUGUAUCUUAAUCAGACGGUUAUUACCUAG